GAGCUGCAGUAGACUUCAUCAUAAAUGUGUGGAGGGAACCAGGUGUCAUUAAAUUCAAUGGUUUUAUUCAUCCAGGAACAUGAAGAUCAUUCAGCUUCAGCUCUAUGUAUUAAUCUGUUGUCGAGCUGCAGCAGCAAAUCAACUAACUGAUUUGGGAUCAAAUGUGACCAUAAACUGUGAUCUUGAUGAUAAUGAGAUUUAUUGGAUUUUACUGAAAACACCAGAUCCUCCAACAGUGAUUCUACGAUCAACCUCAGUUCCAACAGCACCUUUUUACUCAAACAAAACAUUCAGAAACAAAUAUUCACUGCAAUUUAAACAUCUGGUUAUAAAUAAUGUGACUGCUGAUGAAUUAGGAGUUUAUUACUGUAUGAACACACGCACACCUCUAAAACUCAGCAACAGCACCAGACUGCACAUCGCCGAACCAAUUCAACUAACUGACUCAACUGAGUGUCACAAUCAUACAGUGGUGGAGUGUAUUGAUCAGAAUCAGACACAGUGGCAGACUAUCAUCAUAAUAUCUGGUCUGAUAAACGGGCUUCUGGUCAUUGUGCUGAUCGGACUAGUAAAGGUUUUUAUUAUUGGAAACAGAAGGUCCACAGAACACUUACAACAUAACAACACUGAUCUACAGCAGACACAAGUUAUAGAAGAGCAUCAGGACCAGUUACAGGCAAGAAUUCAUUAAUGAAGCUCUUGAUAAUAAAGUAGAAUUCUUGCUGAUCUUUCAUUUGUUUGGUGAAACAAUAACUUUGAUCAAUGAUGAUACAGUUUAUAUUGUUUUCUUCACUUGCUCUUUCAGUAUGCUGAGGUGGAUUUUUCCAAGCUGCGUAGAAACUUUCGGUCCAGCCAAGUCAACAGCACCUAUGCUGCAAUAAAGCCGGCAAAAUCAUGAACAUAUGAGUAUGAUGGACUACUUAUUUUGUUGACUGUUUAUUGUUGCCGGGAAUCCACUGUAAAGUUUAGAGAAAAAAGUAAAAAGAAAAUACGUUAAAAUUGACAAAAUUUAAUGUGCUUUGAUUUAUCACUGUAUCAAUUAUUUUGUAAUAAUAAAAACAAAACAGCAUCAGUUAAAUGACCAACAGUUUAACUGAGAGAAAAAAAGUGCUGGCAAAUGAAUGGUAUAAAUAUUUUCUAUAUAGAAAAACAUUGUUCUUAUAUUUUUAAGUGUACUCCAUUAUUUUAAACUGAUACUCAAAAAAAAAAGAAGAAAAAAAAAAAGAAUAUUCUCUACUCUAUUUAAUACAUUCCAUUUU